CUUUUCAUCAUCCUGAAAAAUGCCAGUUGGAACUCUUGAAGUUCUUCUUAUUUCGGCCAAGGGACUCGAAAACACGGAUUAUCUAUGUAACAUGGAUCCUUACGUUGUUCUUACUUGCCGUUCACAGGAGCAGAAAAGCAGCAUUGCUUCAGGAAAGGGAUCGAACCCUGAAUGGAACGAGACUUUUAUAUUCAGUAUAUCUGAAGGUGCAAAAGAGCUCAAUUUGAAGAUAAUGGACAGCGACACUGGCACGCAAGAUGAUUUAGUUGGUAGAGUAAGAAUUCCUUUGGAUCCUGUUUACCAUGAACGAAGCUUGCCAGCAACGGUAUACAACGUGGUGAAGGAUGAACAAUACUGCGGAGAGAUCAAAGUUGGCCUUAAUUUUGCUCCUGAGGAAAGAAGUGCAAGAAAUUACCAAAUGGAAGAAGAAGACUAUGGUGGAUGGAAGCAGUCCUCAUAUAUGUAACAACAACCGCCCCACCACCACUCCAUCAUCGUUCGUCCUCGUGAGUUCGGGUAUUAGGAACGAAGAAUGUAGUAUGACCAUGUAGCAGAAGAAUGUCAGAAUCAUCAGAUGUCGAAUGAAUGUUGGACAUACAUUACAUGAUCGAAAGUUAGGGGUAGUUGGUAAUAUAAAAUUUAUAAUAAGGUGAAGAAAAGGUUGGCAUUGUUGUGUGGUUUGACCUUCCAUCCCCAAAGGGAACAUAACUAACAACUUUUCUUCAUUGCCAUAAUUAAAUAAAGGCAGGUCGGUGGUUGCCUUAAAUUCCAUUGC